UUCUCUUAUAGGUGGGGCUUUCCCAAAGGGCAGUGGCAGCAUUCUUUCCUCUCUCUGUUUUUUAGCUAAGUGCUUGAUGGGUCGCUGUUAAGGUUGGGAGACUGCUUUCCAGCGAGGGCUUUUGUGCGUGUAUAUGUGAGCGCACUGAAAGGAUGAAUAACCCUAUACCUUCCAAUUUGAAGUCAGAAGCAAAAAAAGCUGCUAAAAUCUUAAGAGAAUUUACGGAAAUAACAUCCAGGAAUGGACCUGACAAGAUCAUACCUGCCCAUGUGAUUGCUAAAGCAAAAGGCCUUGCAAUCUUGUCAGUUAUCAAGGCUGGAUUUUUGGUAACAGCACGAGGAGGCAGUGGGAUUGUGUUGGCUCGUCUGCCUAAUGGAAGCUGGUCCGCUCCUUCUGCAAUAGGGAUAGCUGGCCUUGGUGGUGGAUUUGAGAUUGGAAUUGAGGUAUCAGACCUUGUAAUAAUAUUGAACCACGAAAGAGCCGUUGAAGCAUUUGGAAAGGGUGGCAAUCUUACCCUGGGAGGAAACUUUACAGUGGCAAUUGGGCCUUUAGGGAGGAAUCUAGAAGGUGAUGUAGCCUUGAGAAGCUCUGCUGCUGUCUAUACUUACUGCAAAUCCCGAGGGUUAUUUGCAGGAGUUUCUUUAGAAGGAAGUUGUUUAAUUGAAAGGAAGGAAACAAACAGCAAAUUCUACGGUCGGGACAUCCGUGCAAGUGCCAUUCUGUUUGGUGAUCAACCUCCUCCUGCCCAGGCACAGGAUCUUUACGAUAUUCUGGAGUCUUUUACUCUGCAAUAUGAAACUCAGGAGGGGAGGAAUUAUGGAUGGGCACCAGUGGUAAAGGAACCGAAAAAGACUAAUGAGCACUCCUCAGGGCAACAUUCACGCAGGACUUCUGAGAGCUCUACACCAGAAGCUGUAAGAGCACCAAACAGACUGUAUCCUGAACUUCCCAGUUACUCUGAGCUUCCCAGUUACUCUGCCACAGUGGGAAAGUCUUGUACCAAUUCUACGAUGGUGACAGCAGUAUAUCCAUUUGAAGGACAACAGCCAGGGGACUUGACUUUCAAAGCUGGAGACCAAAUCAAGAUCACAACGAAAACAGAUUCACAGUUUGAUUGGUGGGAAGGAAGUGUACAAGGCAGAACUGGUAUUUUCCCUGCCAAUUAUGUCACAAUGAGUUAAAGAAUAAUACAUGAUGUUAUCCUUUUAUCUACAUACUUUAAAGUAUGCAACAGAUUAUCAAUUGUAUUAGAUUAUACAAUUGAUCAUGCGUGUGCCACCUGCAUGCAAAGGAGUCACAAGGAGACAUACCCCCCCC